CAAGAGACCACACAUGUCGCCUGGUUCACCUGCCUGUGUUUAGCUGAUGGAUUUCUUUUUCUUCCUAGGUGUACCUGAAGCUGAAGUCACUUGGUUCAGGAAUAAAAUCAAACUGGCUCCUCCUCAUCAUCCUCACGAGGGCUCCUUGCUACUCACAGAUGUGUCCUCCUCAGACCAAGGCCUGUACUCCUGCAGGGCGGCCAAUUUGCACGGACAGCUGACUGAGAGCACACAGCUACUGAUCCUUGACCCCCCUCAAGUCCCCACACAGUUGGAAGACAUCAGGGCCUUGCUUUCAGCCACUGGACCGAACCUUCCUUCAGUGCUGGCGUCUCCUCUGGGAACACAGCUGGUCCUGAAUCCUGGGAAUUCCGCUCUCAUUGGCUGCCCCAUCCAAGGUCAACCCACCCCCAAUAUCACCUGGUUCCAUGGAGGCCAGCCAGUUGCCAAUGCCACAGGACUGACGUAUCAUAUCUUGGCAGAAGGACAGAUUCUUCAGAUUGCAAAUCUUAGUGGUGGGGCUCAAGGGGGAUUCAGCUGCCUUGCUCAGAAUGAGGCAGGGACGUUCACGCAGAAGACUUCUCUAGUGAUCCAAGAUUACUGGUGGUCUGUGGACAGAUGGGCCACCUGCUCAGCUUCCUGUGGUCACAGGGGUGUCCAGCAGCCCCGCCUGAGAUGCCUUCUGAACAGCACAGAGGUCAGCCCCACUCACUGCGCAGGGAAGGUGCGCCCGGCCGUGCAGCCCAUCGCCUGCAACCGGAGGGACUGCCCUUCUCGAUGGAUGGUGACCUCUUGGUCUGCCUGCACCCGGAGCUGCGGGGGAGGCGUCCAGACGCGCCGAGUGACCUGUCAGAAGCUGAAGGCUUCUGGGAUCUCCACUCCCGUGCCCAAUGACAUGUGCAUCCAGCUUGCCAAACGGCCUGUGGAUACCCAGGCAUGUAACCAACAGCUCUGUGUGGAGUGGGCCUUCUCCAGCUGGGGCCAGUGCAAUGGGCCAUGCAUUGGGCCUCACUUAGCCGUGCAGCACAGGCAGGUCUUCUGCCAGACUCGGGAUGGCAUCACCUUACUGUCGGAGCAGUGCAGCGCCCUGCCAAGGCCCGUGAGUACCCAGAACUGCUGGUCUGAGGCCUGCAGCGUUCACUGGAGGGUCAGCCUGUGGACCCUGUGCACUGCGACCUGUGGUAACUACGGCUUCCAGUCACGGCGUGUAGAGUGUGUGCAUGUUCGCACCAACAAGGCAGUGCCUGAGCACCUGUGCUCCUGGGGCCCCCGGCCCGCCAACUGGCAGCGUUGCAACAUCACCCCAUGUGAAAACAUAGAGUGCAGAGAUACUACCAGGUACUGCGAGAAGGUGAAACAGCUGAAACUCUGCCAACUCAGCCAGUACAAAUCUCGCUGCUGUGGAACUUGUGGCAAAGCUUGAAGACAGGGCGUGGGGAAGAAUGCUGCCCUGGCUACACUAAGGACUCACGCAAUCCCAUUGG